CGCAAAAUCUCGCGGUGUGAAACCGAAAAAAAAAUGUGGGAGAAAUUGGAGGUCUCCUAGGAAGGAACUGCGCAGGUUCGGGAGGCCAAAAUCGACCAUCUCACCCACGAGUACGAACUCUUAUCAAUGAAGGAAAACGAGAAGAUUGAGGAAAUGUUUGAGAUGUUCUCUAACAUCAUUAAUCCUCUCAACCUUCUCGGGAAGACAUACACCGACCGAGAACUUGUAAGAAAGGUUCUACGAAGCUUAUCCCCAAAAUGGCGUUCAAUGGUGGACGCAAUUGAAGAAGGUCGUGACUUCCAAACAACGACCUAUGAUGCUCUUCGUGGUAAUCUCAUUACCUACGAAACCACCCAACUCUCAAAGGUGGUUGAAGAGAAGAGCAAGAGGUAUAUUGCUCUACCCGCAACAACAUCAUCCCACAACAACGUUGAUGAUGAAGAUGAUGACACCGACGACAUCGACCUUGGACUCUUCGUCCGAAAAUUCAAGAAGAUGAUGCUCAAUAGGGGAGCAAAGAAGAACACUCCACCCAAGUGCUAUGGGUGUGGUGAAAUUGGACACAUCAAACCAAUGUGUCCAAAGCUCAAGAACGAGAAGGACAAGAGGGCACCAAAGAAGCAACGUGCCUACAUUUCUUGGGAGAACGACGGCUCCGGGAGUGAAGACUCGGAAACGGAGGAAGUGGCCAACCUAUGUCUCAUGGCCAUUGAGGAUAGUGAAACAUCAAAAGAGGCCUAUAGAGUGUUUAAUAAACGCACCUUAACUAUUGAGGAGUUCCCUCAUGUUGUGUUUUCCGAAGAUAAUACUCGCUUGGCGAGAAAGGCUAUUUGUGAUGAUCUUGCAGAUUCACUUGAAAGAAUACACAUUGAAGACGAUGAGGAAGACACGCCAUUAUACACCAACCCACAACCACAACCUGAGAAAACACCUCAAGUGAUGGUCGAAAAUGAGGAUCAAGCGGACGAAGAAGAACACAAGGAAGCCCAGGAACAAGAGGAAACUGAGCUUCCCAUUGCUUGGAGAACGAACAAGAACCAUCCACUUGACCAGGUAAUCGGCAGCAUCAACCGCGGGAGGAACGAUGUCCGAGCCCGACGGAUGUUCUACAACAUUCGCCUUUUCCCCUCCACUUCUUCUAGCAAGCCCUUCCUCUCUGAUUCUCAACCGUGUGAGCAGUUGCUAAAGGUUUAUCUCCGUUCUUUUGAGCUUGAGGUCGGCUUGGAAGUCUUCCCACGACCGGGGAAGUUUGUGGAUGAUGGCUGCCACUUGGAAGGCCUCGCUGACGCCUACUUUUUCUUCAUUGCAUUUGUUGAAGAUUACCGUAAGCUCCUCAGCCUGGGCGACAACAGAUUUGCUGUCGACCAUCUUGUAGUCCAACAUCUUCCCGACAUUGAACUUCUUCGUUCCAGCAUCUUCAGCUUGAUACUUCUUGUUCAAGCUAUUCCAAAGCUCUUUUGCAAGCUUAGCACUGGCAUAGACGGGGUACAACGUAUCUCCCAGCCCUUCAAGAAUAAUAUUGAUGGCGAGAUAGUUGUUGUGGUACCACGUUUGGUUCACCAUCGCCACAAGGGGGUCGUUGGCUUCAUUGGGCUGGGGGGAUCUUGCUGCAGGUACUCAGCAAAUCCCAGGACGGUCAAAAAGAACAUCAUCUUUUGUUGCCACAUUUUGAAGUUCGUGCCAUUGAACUUCGGUGGCCUUUGGACCGAGCUAGCGAACACUGAGAUAGCCCCAACUGCAUUGGGCGUAUGGAGGAAAGGCCCGUUGCUCGCCCAAUGGGGUCUAACAAACGGAUUGACCGGUGCGGGGAAACCCGCUUUCGGUCCAAAGUUGACCGUCGAGGCCGAAGCCAUGGUCAGUCCGACAAACGGGUUCGAAUUGCUGACGAGGUAAUCCCCCGUGGUUUCGAGUCCGGGAGUGGAUCGAGGGGCUGACCCGAAGAUCGAGCUCGGCAUCGAGAAUGACGUCAUGGUGGAGGCCCCCACACUUGACCCGAAGGGCAGCAGUGAGGAAGGCACAACCAUGGCAACCGAGGAGGUUUCGACCGGAGCUUCGGAAUUCAUUCCGUUGCCGGAGGAACCCGCGAUGCCGAAUCCGAACUCCAUAAUACUACCUUAAGAUUGUUGAAUAUUACAGCGGGAAAAAUAAAACAAAAUUAAUCCGAACUUAUAAUACGUUCGGAUUUUACAACGAAAAAGAAAAGAAAAAGUUGGAGUUCUU